CGUAUUUUGGUUAUUUUAAACAUCUGGUGUGGUGAAUUUAUCAAAUUUAUGCAUUUUAAAAUCUCAUACCGAUUUUAUAUGAACAGGAAAAGAAAAAAAGAAAAAAGGAUUUGAUAAUAAUACGGCAGCCGGAAAUUUGGGGUUGAUGUUGAAUCGUUGAUCACUCAGGGCUCAGGCAAUCAGCAAUCCCACUACUGGUUCGAACACCAUAGCUUGCCAUUGCCAAUUCUAAGCUACCCCAGAUUGCCAUUGCCAAUUCGCCGCCAUGAGGUCUGAUCAGAUUCCAUCGUCCAAGCCGGAUGAAGUAGACCGGGAACUGCUCAGCCGCCCGGCCACUUCCCUCAUCACUGCCCGCAAGAAAGGAACAGGAGUACGGGCAUGGCUUCUGCUGGACUCUACCGGCCAGGCCCAGACUGUGGAGGUAGGGAAGCACGCCAUCAUGCGUCGCACUGGUUUACCCGCCCGCGAUCUUCGGAUUCUCGACCCGCUUCUGUCGUACCCGUCCACGGUUCUGGGCCGCGAGAGGGCGAUAGUCAUCAAUUUGGAACACAUCAAGGCGAUCAUAACUGCGCAGGAGGUUUUGUUGCUGAAUUCCAAGGACCCUUCUGUCACCCCCUUCGUUGAAGAGCUGCAAAAGAGGCUUACCUUCCAUUUUCACGCCACCAAAGUACAGGAGAGAAAUGGAGACGAUACAAAUUGGAAGACUGUGUAUGAUUCCCAAUUGCUGAAAUCAAGCACCGAGAGCCCUGAGGAAUUUCCUGAGCGUUCUUUACUUGGUCGUGAUCAUGAAGAGGGAAGGAAGACAGAUGGGAGGCAGAGCGUUGAGAACCGUGAUGGAUCGAAGGUUCUCCCAUUUGAAUUUGUAGCCUUGGAGGCCUGUUUGGAGGCUGCCUGCAGUUGCUUAGAGAUUGAGGCAAAAACAUUGGAGCAAGAGGCUCAUCCAGCAUUGGAUAAGCUGACUUCAAAAAUUAGUACUCUCAAUUUAGAACGUGUUCGGCAGAUCAAAAGUCGUUUGGUGGCAAUAACUGGCCGAGUCCAGAAGGUAAGGGAUGAGUUGGAACACUUGCUCGAUGACGAUGAGGAUAUGGCUGAAAUGUACUUGACUGAAAAAUUAGUUAACCUGGAAAACUCGACAGCUUCCUCUUUCAGUAAUGGAGAUGAAAUGGAAGAUGAUCCACCUGAAAUGGAUGACAGCCUUCCUGUUGAAGCAUCUAGGGAAGGUGGACAUGGUGCAUCCAGUAGCUAUGAUCCGGAUAUUCAAGCUGAUAUCCCUCAUGUUCAUCAUCCAUUCAGUGCGCUUAGCCGCACACUCACUAGUACCACUAGGAGUGCCAUGAGCAAGCACCUUGAUGUGGAGGAGCUAGAAAUGCUUCUGGAAGCAUACUUUGUCCAAGUUGACGGAACUCUAAACAAACUUUCUGCGCUGAGGGAGUACGUGGAUGACACAGAGGACUAUAUCAACAUUAUGCUGGAUGACAAGCAGAACCACCUUCUGCGAAUGGGGGUUAUGCUGACGACUGCAACACUAUUCAUCAGCUUCUUUAUCGUGCUUGCUGGUGUCUUUGGCAUGAACAUCGAGAUCGAGCUGUUUAAGGAAGAUGUGAAACAAGGUAUGCCAAAAUUUCUUUGGACAGUAGGUGGGGGCGCUAUGGGGACUGUAUUCCUCUUCGUUGGUGCUAUUGCCUGGUACAAGCACAAGCGACUACUAGAAUAGUAUAGCAACAAACAAUUUCUUCAUUUUCCCAAAUUUUGUAGCUCAUUAUAAUGGAAAGAAUGAAGCAAGCACGAAACUCAAAUAUCAAAUCCUUAUCUGGUCGAAUAGAUGGAGAACAGGGUUCAUUGCCCCGUACGGGUCAGUUAGGAUGCAAGUUUGUGGUUCUGCACUUGCUAAUAAAACCAAAGUGUUCAUCAUAGAGAGACCUGCCCUUUUUCAUGCUGUCAUACAGAGGAUUCCCACAGUGGAACUGGUAUAUGUACUUGCUACUGGAAUUUGAGCUGUUGCAGUGAUUGUGUAACUAACAAAGAGCCAGUAACUAUGAGAGGAAGGUCCAAGGAAUUUGAGAACACUCAACUCCUCGAGUAACAGUUGGCCCUCAAUUUACAAAAUCAGUCUCUUCUCGACACAAUGUCAGUUGGGAGUUUGCUGUUCAUUUCCCUGUGGUUAGUCGAAUGUUGCUCGACAAACUUAUCAGUGAUAUGAACUUGGGUAAGAGGAAUCCUGCUGUUCAUUCACUUUCAGCUCCCUCUUCAAGGAAAUGAAAUCAGUCAUCAUGAAGGGAAAGCAGAACAACCUACACAUGUAUAUAAACAAAACGAAGAUGCAAUGUUGAACCAUGUUUGUGAUUGAUUCCUGGUAGCCCGCCCAAGCUUAACUAUACUGGUGCGCACGAAGAAAUAAUUUUAGACUCGAUUGCUUCCACCCUCAUUAUCAUGGCACAACCUUAAGUUUUACCAGCAAAUCGUGGAGAUACUAAUAGGCUCGUCUUCUGUUAAAUAUAGAGUAGAUGAAUUUCAUCGCCACAAACAAGAGUAGAUGGCAAAGACAGCAGCAAGAGAUUCAACAUCAAAUGCACUAGCAUUGCACAUAACCAUGAACUAUGCCCCUGAGCCUGAUCUCCAUUCCAAAUUACAACCCCAGUAGUAGUCGUUUAAACAUAAAUUACAGUGUGUAACAACACUCGCAUACAUUAAUAUAUUAUACACACACAGGGACGAAAUAUAUAUUGUACGAUCCUAUCCUUCUCGUUCCAACAUUCGAUUCUUCUUUCAGUCCUUAAGCUGAUACUCAUCUGUCUCUUCCGAGAAAAUAAAGUGUAGAUUGCUUCUUAGAUUCUAGAUACUAACAAACAAACCUGGUUCUUAAACCUUCCCAAACUCGCCAGCCGGUGGUUGUUGUUCUUGUGGAUAGUCGGAUGGGGUUAAGCCAAUACCUUCGUUCUUAUGCUUCUCCCACCCCCCAGUAUCAGCUCUAGAGUGAGCCCAGUAAUAGAGAAUGGAGGCUAAAAGUGACAACAACGUCAAGGCUGCUCCAGCAGCAAACACACCCUUGCGAAGGGUAGCACAGGAGAUGUCUUCGACUUGGAAAACUCCUCGAUACUUGGUGUGGUAUGCAUUCUUAGCCGAUCCAGCUAGUAAGCAUGCCUCAGCUCCCAAGAAGCACAGCCUAAGUAAAGAAAGAUUUAAACUUUUAUAUAUGCAUUUAGAUCAGUCACCAACUCUUAAACCUAGACACGGAAACAAACUUAACAAAAAAGGCUUGAAAGUUCCACCCCUGCCCCUGUAACUGGAACUGGGUUUAAUCCUCAUGAAGUUCCACAGUUUUCAGUGUCGGGCACAUGAAUGGCUGUCAUUCUUUAUGAUCACAAUGUCAAUCAAAGUGAGAAAGAUAUCCUACAAGUAAAUCUAUCAAAAGAAAACUAAUCCAGUUGUAGAGGUAUGAUGAAACUACGUGCAAAGGUACACUCAUUCUCUCAAGUACUAGUAGGGCUGGUCCACAAUAGCCACACAUGCUAGAUCAUUACAGAUCAAAAGGUGACCCAUAAUGCAUCCAGUUUUGAUGCAAAUGUCAAAAAUGGACAAUGAAAAGCACUUGAUGUA